UUCUCAGUGAGAACUGAGAAAGGAAGGUAGGAAAAAAAAGAAUAUUAAUAUCAUGAUAUGGUGGUAGGGAAGUAAUUUCUUCAGCACCUGCAUCCCAAUCUGAGCUCCUCCAUCAAGGAAGGGGGAAGUCAAUUCUUUGGAAAUCUGCCCUAUUUCCACGGCCCAUGUCCAUGUUGUAGGAGAAGAAGGGUGGGAUUGGUGCUUCCAGUGGCACUUAUCCUUGUCAUAGCUCCCGGACAUGGGGUGUGAUAAAAUUUUAGGAUGCAUGUGAUUUCUUGAGAGAUGGGCUUUGGGAAAGUAGCCAUCAUGUCUUUGGUUCUUGCAUUGGCCCUUCCCGGAUAAUCCGAAUUGGAAGCAAGUGUAAGCCCUGCCCUACUUAUCUUCUCUUUUGUAUCCCUUUUUUUUUUUGCCACAAGUCCAUGUCCUUGUCCUGGUGUUUCUGUUGCUGCCGCAAUUUACUGGAGAGAUAGAUGGAUAGAUGUUAGAUCCUGUUCGGUUCUCUAGAGAUGGAAUCUGGGAAUCGGUUCGUCUCCGUCGACGAGCACCACAUCGAUCCCAAGUGGCUCAUCGAUCCCAAGCAGCUCUUCGUUGGCCCUCGCAUCGGGGAGGGUGCUCAUGCCAAGGUCUACGAGGGCAAGUAUAAGAAUCAGAAUGUUGCUAUCAAGAUUGUGCAUAGAGGUGAAACCCCUGAGGAGAAGGCGAAAAGAGAGGGGAGGUUUAUGAGGGAGGUGGCCAUGCUCUCCAGAGUCCCACACAAGAACCUUGUCAAGUUCCUUGGGGCAUGCAAGGAGCCUGUGAUGGUGGUGGUCACUGAGCUUCUGCUGGGGGGUUCGCUGCGCAAAUACUUGCUGAACAUGAGGCCUCGGAGCUUAGAACCUGGUGUUGCGGUUGGAUUUGCGCUGGACAUUGCUCGGGCUAUGGAAUGCUUGCAUUCGCAUGGGAUCAUUCAUCGUGAUCUGAAGCCAGAGAACUUGCUGUUGACUGCAGACCAAAGAACAGUAAAACUUGUUGACCUUGGUUUGGCAAGGGAGGAAACAUUAACUGAGAUGAUGACUGCUGAAACAGGAACAUACCGUUGGAUGGCUCCAGAGUUAUACAGCACUGUUACGCUAAGGCAUGGAGAAAAGAAGCAUUACAAUCACAAAGUGGAUGUUUACAGCUUUGCAAUAGUAUUAUGGGAGCUGCUCCAUAAUCGACUUCCAUUUGAAGGCAUGUCUAACCUGCAAGCAGCUUAUGCAGCUGCUUUCAAGAACAUGAGGCCCAGUGCAGAAAACCUUCCUGAAGAAUUGGCUUUGCUCUUGACUUCCUGUUGGAAAGAAGAUCCAAAUUCCCGACCAAACUUUAGCCAAAUAGUGCAGAUGCUUCUACAUUAUCUUUCUACUCUUUCACCACCCAAACCUGUGGUCCCUUCCCAUGUAUUUAGGUCGGAGAAUGUAGUUUUACCACCUGAAUCUCCUGGGACAAGUUCGUUGAUGUUUGUUCGAGAUGACAUGGGCAAUACCCCGAAGUCCAACAUGGAAAACAAACCGAUGGGAUUCUUUUUCUGCUUCAAUCAGUGCUGCUGAUUGCCAAUUCAGUAGACCUUUUGUACGGCAACGGUUGCAUCCUGCUGUAGGCAAUUCCUACCUGCUGUAAGUUACGGAUGAAUGAGAAAAAAUUUUCCCUUCAUUACAUGAAGUUGUAACUUUGAUAUUUGAAGGUCAAUAACAUUACAUUUAACACCUAAUUUGAUAGUUGAUGUAAGAAGCUUGCGAGAGACUGGGGCAAAGGCUGAAUAAAGCCUUGUGUUUAUUUUUUGGUGAUAAAAUAAACCUCAUGUUUGAGGUUACCAAGUUUCCAAUAUGAUCUGGAUAAACCAGACAAUCUUUUCAGUCAGCUAGAAAUGAUCAGUGGAUUUUUUCCUUUGGUUU